UUGAUGACAGGGACGUGUCGGCGGAGGGCGAUUCUGAGCUGGUGCGGGACCUGAAGAGGAGCCACAGUGCGUCCAUCUGCGCAACGCCCACCCACAUGGAGGUCCAGACCACCGCCGGCAUCCGAGCCCAACACACCAAAAACACCUUUCACAAGUUAGAUGUUUCUGAAGGUGUGGUGUGUCUCAAUGAAGAGCAGACGAAAGGGCCGUGUUUGGACUACAAAGUCAUGUUCACUUGCAGUGGAUCAUUCUGUAGCGGUUGCAGGACACGCUGGUUCGAUUCAGACGACCCAACAGACAAUGGAGACUUUGAGAUUCUGAGCAUGCUCCGUUCCACAUAUACCAGGGAGAUUUGCCCACAGCCAAUCGCCAUCGAGGCCCAGACACUGUCCGGCCAGUCAGCUUCAGAGACCGGAGAUGUUUUUCCUGGUCUAUGACGCCACCUAUGGGUUUGCAUGUGUCAAUGCGGACCAGGGGAGUGGCACCUGCAAGGACUACAGAGUACGCUUCACCUGUCCAAGUGACUUUUGUUCAGUGUCAGAGGAGUGUCGGACACGCUGGCUGAGCAGUGAUGUUGAGUCGCUCCCCAAGCUGCUGCAGAUGUUUCCAGGCCAGGUGUGCAGGAACCCCAUCAGCCUGGAGGCACAGACGCUCUACGGCAUCUCAGCAAAGCACACCGGCGACAUCUUCCUCUCCUAUGACGUCACAUUUGGGUUUGUGUGUAUCAACUCAGAGCAAAGGAAGGGGACAUGCGAUGACUACCAAGUGAUGCUAACCUGCCCCUCUGAUUUCUGUCAAGGUUGUCGAACUCGGUGGUUUGACCUGGAUGACCCUACGGGCCGCGGGGACUACGAGACCUUCCGGCAGCUGCAGAUAGCUUUCCCUGAGGCGGUGUGCAGCCAACCAGUGGCUAUCGAGGCCAUGACCACCAGCGGUGUCCCCGCCCUCCAGACUGGUGACACUUUCCAAGUGUAUGAUGCGACCCAUGGCUUUGCCUGUGUGAAUGCGGAGCAGGGGGGCAGGAGGUGCCAGGACUACAAGGUGCGCUUCACCUGCCCACUGGACUUCUGCUCCUGAAGCCCUUGUAUGCACACAACACAUUCUGGUGGCAGUUUAUUUUUGUGUGUGUUUUCUGUAAACACUACAGAUGCAUCAUAUGGCAUCCUGAGAUUUCAAGGGAGAGAAAUCUCCCUUCAGCUCAUUGGGACUAUUAGAAAUAACUGACGGAGCACUUUAACCUGGCAGACACAGGCUACAAAGUCUGAUAACUCUCAUGGCUGAGUCAGGGUGACUGCUGCUGACUUCAAAGAACAAAAGUGAGGAGGAAAUGCCCCUUCUAUGGGUUGAUUGCUUGGAAUCAAAAUAACCUCCAUUCACUGCCAUGUCUUUUGUACUCUGAAUGAAAAUAAAUACUUUAAUAUGCUUUAA